AUGAUGAAGAUCCCCGAGUGUAACGAAAAAUCGCGCAAAUCAGGCUUAAGACUGGAACACUUCCACUCUCGAGCUCUACCGACAGCUAAUGUUGUAGCUAGAGAUGUCAAAAAAUUCUCUGGGCAGCAACUGCAUCGUCGCCAAGAGCAAAGUCUUCUCGACAAGUCUAAGAGGUAUGACGAAGCAAGCACCAGGGCGCCAAAAAGCCAGCGUCUCUACCAAUCCACCAGAUCCUCCAGUUCUAUUCUCAUUGGUGACGCCUUGCUCGAGUCCACCGAAUGUUGUACGCUUGGACCUCUCAUAUAUAGUACAGCUCGCAAGUUCAUGUCUGCAACAUCGCAGGACGAAGGGUUCGAAGACUUCAUGCGACUGGCAAGCUCGGAUAAUGCUCGGAGGGGGAACUUAUUGCGCGCUACAUCAGCCGUACCACGGAAGACUGACCCUGAAGAUCUUGCCGACCUGAAAUCAGACAGAACUUCCGUUGUGGAUGGCCCGCCUGGUGGUGCCACGGGCGCUAUUACGACCUCGGGUCUUCAAAGGAUCUCAGAUAGUUCUCGAGCCGCGGUCAUGUCCUGUUAUCGCCUCAUUUCAUUUGGUUCCACGUUAAUCAUACGCUGUUACUCUUCCCGGGAGAGAAUCUCUACCCGGCGGCACAUUGGACACCAGGUCUGCUCUUUCAAGGGAGAUAACCACUUUGCUAUACAGACUAAGCCCAUAGUGUAG